AUGUUCGAGGACUGCGUGAAGUCCACCGAGGAGCACUACCUGUUCUGUGACGAUGAGGGGCCCUGGGCCGUGGUCCUGGAGUCCCUGGCGGCCAUCGGCAUCGUGGUGACCAUCCUGCUCCUCCUGGCCGUCCUGUUCCUGCUGCGGCGCGUGCAGGAGUGCGCGCGCUGGAACGUGCUCCCCACGCAGUUCCUCUUCCUGCUGGGGGUGCUGGGCCUCUUCGGCCUGGCCUUCGCCUUCAUCCUGCCGCUCAGCCACCGCACGGCGCCCGUGCGCUUCUUCCUCUUCGGCGUCCUCUUCGCGCUCUGCUUCUCCUGCCUCUUGGCCCACGCGUCCAACCUGGUGCGCAUGGCGCGCAGCUGCGGCUCCUUCUCCUGGCCCACGCUGCUGGCCAUCGCCGUGGGCCUGAGCCUGCUGCAGACGGUGCUGGCCAUCGAGUACGUGACCCUGGUGACCACGCGCGGCCCCACCUUCGAGCGCAUGACCCCCGAGCAGCUCAACGUGGACUUCGUGGCGCUCACGGUCUACGUGCUGCUGCUCCUGGCGCUCACGCUCUUCGUGGCCAAGGCGGCCUUCUGCGGGCCGUGUGAGCGCUGGCGGCGGCCCGGCCGGCUCAUCUUCGCCACGGCGCUCGUGUCCGCCGUCAUCUGGGCCACCUGGAUCGCCAUGCUCACCCGGGGGAACCCGCAGCUGCAGCGGCAGCCGCACUGGGACGAUGCUGUAGUCUGCAUCGGCCUGGUCACCAAUGCCUGGGCCUUCCUCUUCAUCUACAUCAUCCCCGAGCUCUGCCUGCUCUACCGGGCCUGCCGCCAAGACAGCCCCGCCCCGGCUCACACCUGCCCUGCCCCGGUCUACCAGCGCGGCCUGCGGAUGGAUAACCAGGAGCUAUCCCGAGCCCGAGACAGCGAAGGAGCUGAGGAGGAUGUAGCCUUAACCCCCCAUGGCGUCCCCCUCCAGCCGCAGACUGCUGAGCCCUCGCAGGGCCAACUCCUCCCCAGGACCGCCCUGAGCGUGGACGCGGCCGUGUGA